AUGGGCUCAGGCACAACGUCUGCCCUUUUCAUUCUAGCGAUUUUGCUUGUUUUGCUUCCCUCACAAGUGCAUGCCUUUGGGGCUGGGAACAUCGCUUCGAUAUCUGUAGUCGAGGGCAGAAAUUGGCGCCAUGGAGAUAUCGAAGACACCGUGAAGGCCCUCGCCUUCAUCAAGGGACAUAAAUGGACUGGCAUCAUGAUUAAGCGUCUAUAUUUUGGGAAUUGCAAUCCAAAGGGCUACGCGGAUAAUAAAGAUGCUAGACAGUAUGAUCCGCGGCUUCGGGGCCCAAUUCGACCUAUUGAGCUUGAGAUUGACCCGCAAACCGGCAUGAAGAACUACAUUGCCAACGAACGUGGCGAUUGGGCAACCAGUGCUGGAUUCGUGAAGUAUAGCAUUGCGCGAAGUAUACACUUUGGAAGGCUCUACCUUGGUGGUGGGAGUCAUGAAAAAGGUCACGAAGAACAUUUGAGUGAGGCUCUGAGGUGUCUUGGCCAAGCUUGCCAUACUUUGGAAGACUUUUCGGCGCACAGUAAUUACUGCGAAUUGGUAUUGCGCGAAAUGGGCUAUCAUAAUGUUUUCCCUCACGUCGGGGUUGGAACCCAAAUGAACAUCCAAGGAAAAUACGUCUUCCCCAUCGUCACUGGCACGUUUGGCAUGACAGAUUUUUUUCACAGUUUGCUCGGUGAAGCCUCAGAUAACCUCACUCAGAGUGAAAUAAAUGAAAUGGACAAUACACUUGGUAGUGCGCAGGCAGGCUCGGGCUCCUCUGGAGCCUUGAGUGCGCUCACUGGCGUGCUCUCUAAAGUUCCCGGAAUGAAAGGCUUCAUUGCAGAAGCCGAAGCUUUGAAACGUAAAUCAGAGGCUCAGGCCCAAGCAAACCAACAGCGUGGCUUUGGUGAUUAUGGGGCAUCAAGGAGUCAUUCUGAUCCCCAUGGAAAUCAAGGUUUAAACCAGCCGAUCCCGUAUGGCCAGUCACGGGCGUCCGUACCCACGGAUAUCAACCCUCAGGAAACUAUUUCUCAAAUCUAUCCCAUUUUGGAAUUUAGAGAUAGGGUGGUCAGAAACAUAUCCUCCGCAUUAGAGAAAAUUCCUGGCCUUGCUUCGUUAAUGGAGAAAAUCAGUGAAACACUCUCUAUAUUUAUCUUUUCUCUCUUGGCUCCAUUUAUUCGGCCCGUGAUAAAAGUAGCAUCGUCAAAUCUACAGCUUGGCUCAUCCGAAUUGACAGCCUCAGAAGCUCGCGUUCAGUUCGAACCCUGGACAAACCCGGCCUGCACAGAUCCCACCCACUCAUUCCUCUCCAAGGAUCACUUUAGCAAUAUCCUUAACGAUCCGGCUGGACGAGUAGCUGCAGCUGUGGUGAAAUUCGUCGUCCCUCGUGUUUUAUAUGCAUUCCAACAUGUUGAUGUCCCGGUAGAUCUAGUGUUGAACGACUGUGUUCUCGUUUUCCACCAUCCAGCGUUUCGACGAUCGGACAACGAAGUACACCGGGAGAUGUUUGCGGAAGUCGAACGCUGGGCUCAUGAAAAGUCGCGUAAAGGGGUCAAUUUCAAUGACAUCCUUAGUGCGGAAGGUGUCAAAGCGGGGAAGAAUCAUAUUGGAGGCGAUCCUCACGCUCAUGCUCACGGCAAUAGUAACACACAUGCCUCGCCUAGUCAACACCAGACCCAUGGGCAUACCUUACCAAGCCAACAUCAACCGUAUGGACAUGCUCCUGCUCACGGCCACGAUAGCCAAUCUCAUGGCUACUGGAGCCAUAACCAAUCCCAGGCCCAAUCACAAAGCCAUUCUCACAGCGGCUUCCCAAACAUCCCCAACCUUUCGAAUCUUCCCAACAUCCCCGGGCUGCCUCAUUUCGGACCUUCCGGGGGCUCAACCCACCCAACGUCAUCAUCUGCUUCCUCCUCAAUUCCAUGGGAUCAACUCUCCAACCUCCCCAUUCCAGGAAUGUCCAAUCUCAACAAAUUGAACAAACUGACAGGUUUCCUGGGCGGCGGCGGUUCGAAACGUGAGCUGCCAGAUGAACCGGGCGACGGCAACCCUCAUAGCCAGACGCGGGCACUCCCAUCUGAAGACGCCGGAUCUGGUUACUCAGGCCAAUCCCAACCAUACCCGCAGUACCAAGAACAGCCAAGUGCCUAUCAGCAGCAGCAGCAACAGCAUUAUCAGAUGUCGUAUGAUGAUCCUGGAUACACGAUGCCUCCACCAUCUGGGUAUGAAAACUAUCGUCAGAACAUAAACACUAGCGAAUACCAACCUCCCACGCAAGGAGCUCAUACGUAUGACUAUUACCAGGCUCCGCCAGGCGGGUACGGCGACUCACGACGGUAUUAG